GUCCUGUGUCGUUGUUCACCUCUCUCGCCGUGCCUGGGUGGCACUUCUGCUCGCCUUGCCGUCCGUCGCACUGGUGUCCUUGGAGAGUGUUGCCGCCGCCUGGCCUUGUUCACCCCGAGCUUGUCCGCCGGGAAAGCAACAUUCCCGCAGAAGAUACUGAAUAAAAGAAUUUCAUACCCUUGCAAGCCCAGCAAUUUUCGUCUCUAGAGAGAGCGUUGAUUUGCCCGUGUGUGCUGGUCUCAUCGCCCACCACCCAGCUGUGUGGGGAACGAAUCGACUCAAUCCUGCCCUGCAUUCGCCCGUCUUUUGCCCUACGCACACCGGCACGACACUGUGCGGCCUUCCCUAUUAUUAAUUUUUUUUUCUGUCGACAUUUUCUAGCCUGGUCUCAACCCAAGCGAUAUUCCAUCCUCCUCCUUCUCCUUCCCUAGAUCCGUUGUCCGGUUGAAACGCUGUCGCCUGGCCAGGGACAAAACUUUCCGUCCACAGCAUCUCGUUGCCCGGUCGGUUCCUCCUUUUGCCUCUCGCUCACUCACUCUCGAUUGGCCAAUUUUGGCUGCCUUCUGCCUUGGUCCAGUCGUAUCGCCGCCACUGUAGGGAAGUAUUACGGGUUAUCCGGACAUCGACGGCAAGCUGGAGCCGUCAUUCCACGAGAACGUCGUCCGCCGGGGGUUGCUGCGGGAGUCCGUCUUUCCGCACUGGGAAAAUGGCGCCGCUCAGGGAGGCCUGGACAACACUGAGGAGUUGCAGAAACAGGAUCCCCUAGCAACGCAGAUAUGGAAGCUAUACAGCCGCACAAAAUCUCAGCUUCCCAACCAGGAGCGGAUGGAGAACUUAACCUGGCGUAUGAUGGCCAUGAGCUUACGGAGAGAGCGGGAACAAGCGCAGGUCCGAUGUGCACACCAGGCAAGAUCCCCAUCGCCAAGCCGAAUACCACCUCACGACCAUACCAUGCCCCAACAUGCCCUUGCAGCGCACUCGGACCCGAUGAACGUCGAUGACUGUCUCGUCUUCUCUCGGGGCUCUUCGACAACAUUCUCCCCGUCCCCGCCCGUGGAACAACAUGCUUUUGAGCAAAAUCAUGCCGUAGCCUCCGCUAUUCCUAUCAAGACCAAAGAGCAAGAUGGAUCGCCUGCUGGUAUUGUCAUGCCUGCCUCCUUUCCGCAUGCGCCACAAGAUGAUCGUCGGAAUACCGAAUUUAGUUACGUUCCCCGGCGGGUUCGAAAGACAAGCGUGGAUGAACGAAUGACUCGAAAACGACCGGCCGAUGCCUCCCCGCUUGUACCCCCCAUAAACAGCCUGCUCAUACCCAAUGAUCCCGACUUCGAUUCCGCGAUGGAGGACUAUUCCCUCGACCAAUCCCACCCUGCUUUCUCAAUUGGCAACCAGACCUCUCCAACUGCGACACUGGAUUUGGAUACAUUCCAAGUCACCGAGGACCAAUUAAUCACUUCGGCAGGCCCGUUCAGCCAAAACUUUACAUUCUCUCCUACAGAAUCCCCGCUCUUGGCCAAUGCAGCCUUUCAAAAUAUAUACAACCAUACCCCUAUGGGUUCCUCGCUGAACUCGACAGAUCUUUACUCCCCACCCGCAUCAGGGUAUCAAUCCACUGUCUCUACUCCCCAUCUUGGCCUUGACAACGAGCAUUCAAUGUAUUUUGACCAUGCUCCCGCUGAUAUCCGGGUCCAGCGUCAAAUGGGAAGUUUCCAUGCGGCUGGUCCUUCUAACCUCUCGGGCCCUAGUAACCCUCGUUAUCCAUAUGCUCGGGAUCAGGCAUUCGGGGUUGGAACUAGUGCCGUCACAGCGGGUUCCAUGCACGCUUCUUCCUUAUCAAUGCAGCAGCAACCAAGUCCAAGCUAUAUCCUUGCUCCACAAUCCUUCCGGGCUACACAGCCCCACCGCUCCAUCGGCCGCGGGAAUGGAAAUCAAAUGUUUACAUUUGGAGGCGACUCAGAUAAUGAUGAUGAUAGUGGAACUUCUUUUCCUGGAAGAAGCAUGGCAAUGCGAGCUGAGCAGCCUUUUGCUAACGGAUCUUGCAACCUUGCCCCUGGCCUAGAAUGGGCUAACCAAUUUAAUUCCGUGCCUGGCUUCCAUCCACAACACCGCAAACAGGCCACGAUAGCAGGUGCAGAAUUCCAAAGCGCCAGCCGAGAGUGGGACCAAGGAGGCAGCCUUGGUCGUGGACAUGGAUCUGCAGCGUCAGUGAGUGAAAUUCGGAACCGCGAGCAGGAUCCUCGGAGACAAAAAAUUCCUCGGACUAUUUCCACGCCGAACACCGCUCAACUCCUACAGCAAGGACAAAAUAGUCAGCCACGCACAACGCCAAACUCCCCCCGCGGGUCUGCCAUAAGCAGUAACAAUCCCUCCCGACCAGCUAGCCCAGGCCCCGCGAAAGCCACAGAACAGCCAAACGCACCUACGACCUGCGCCAACUGUUUUACUCAAACAACUCCUCUAUGGCGUCGUAAUCCAGAGGGCCAGCCGCUUUGUAAUGCUUGCGGGUUGUUCUUGAAGCUUCAUGGAGUUGUACGACCGCUAUCUUUGAAAACGGACGUGAUAAAGAAGCGGAACCGUGGAGGUGGGAAUAACAUGGCAGGAGGGACGAGUUCGAGAGCGUCAAAGAAAAUCUCUCGCAAAAACUCUGUGCAGCAGCAGCAGCAGGCUGCUUCUAGCAGCGCUGCCGGAAAAAUGAACGUUGGAGAGCCGUCCACUCCUGUGACUAGCAGUAUCCCAGCAGCAUUUACUGGAUCAAGUAAGCCUGGUGUGAUUCCUAUUGCUGCUGCUCCUCCUAAACCGUCAAGCGUUCCGACCACUGUCCCAAGCAAUGCUGCACAAGCACGAGUGCCAGUGCAAGUGACACCCCGACGCAUAAGACGGGUUGAAAAGCCGCCAGGCCCUUCUUUCGCCCAAAGCUUUGGGGCCGAAAUGCGAGAUGUCAGGGAGGAUAACAGUAAGACUCCUACUCUGUCGCACCGAAUUCCCGGGAUGUCUCAAGUGGCAUAUUCCCGGCCACCACCUGCCGCAAUGGACCCUGCUCAUCACAGUCUUGCUGCAGGCGCUGCUCCAAGCAAUAGUCAAGAGUGGGAGUGGCUCACGAUGAGUCUAUAAUACGGCCUAUUGUAUCAACUGCUAUGCAGUUAAUAUAAACCUCGAUUUAUUCUCUUUUCUUACGGCCGUCUUUUACGAUAUUCCAUGGUUGCCUCUAUAGCAAUCUUCCUACUAAAACAAAACGAAGCGAGAAUGGAGACGGCAGAUAAAAUGAGACGAUCGUUUUUCUGACUCGUCUGAUUGAUAUUCUUCUUUUUCUUUUUUUUUCAUUUGCUGCAUCAAUGCACGAUGAUAAAACGACAUAAUGGCUAAGUAUAUGAUUAUUUAAUUUGGGACAAAAGAUGGCAUGAUAUUUUUUGAAGAAUCCUCUUCUUCCAUAUUGCCAUGAGACCUUUGUUUUCGGCCUUGGAUUUCCACUUUGUCCAAGGUGUGAUCGAGUAAAAUCGUGUCCUAUUCUUUUGAUCCUUCCGUCCUUUUGCUCCCUGCCUCCUAUGUUUGUUUCACUUUUUACACCCUUACUGUUGCGUUUUGUGGAGGUUUAAGGCCUACUUUAGUCCCUUUACCCUCGCUAUGGCUCAGAUAGACAUCAGUUGCUUUUGCUUGUUUGUGUUUUGCAUGUUUCCACCAGCUCUUGAAUUGAUACAACCGCGUCUGUUUAGAAUGCCCAACCACUUGCCUUUUGCGUGUUUAUUUGAUUCUUUUGCUUUCUGUGUCCGCGUUUGUUUUGUUCAUGGUUGGGCAUUCUGGCAGAAGUGCGCAUCUGCUUGUUAAUUUGAAUUAUGGGUUUUGCUUUCGCCUUUUCUUUUUGCUUUAUAAUGUUGAUUCUUACGAAAAAGAAUGGAAUGAUGUCAAUGAGUAGGAGCUUUGAGUGUGCUGGAGUUUUACUGUUUUGGCACACUACCAAUGCUCUGUGUGUGUAUCUAGCAUAUACAUACCUCUUUUAAGGAUCUUCAAUUGUAUGUCAAUGGAAAUUGAACUCUACCAGGAUGAGAG